AUGGAAGUAAACCAUCGCAUUCCCAUUAUUCAACGCAAGAUAAGCGACUGGGCCGAGUCAGGUUUGUGGAACAACAAACAACAAGCGACGGUGAGAAUGUAAAUACAGUGAGAUGCGCUAUUUCAUAAAGUAUACUUACCUGCAUCAAAAUUGAAUAUUAAACGAUAAAAAUUGUAAAAUUAACGUAAAAAGGGCAAAAACAAAGUUUAUAGGUUGACUCGAAAUUGACUCGUGACUCGUGCUUGACUCGUGACUCGUGCUUGACUCGGGCUCGAGCUUGACUCGUGAAAUGACCAAACUCAACUCAAUGUCAACGGCAAUUCAGCCAAAGCAGAUCGAAGCCACGCGGACUCAGCAACUGGUUCCUGCAUCCUUUUAUCCGUUCCCGAGAUUAAUGAGGCGGAGAGAACCAUCGUCAAAGUUUUUCAACAGAAAUCGUUCUCACAAGAACUCGAGUGGACAAAUUCUUUGGUUAAAAUUUCUAUGAAAGGAAGUAGUAUUUUUAAGUUAAAGCCAUUCGUAAAAGAAGGAGUUCUACGAGUUGGACGACGGCUAAAUCGUACAGAUUUGUCUGACGAUGUGAAACACCAGAUAAUCUUGCCAGCUCGAUAUCGAGUUACAGAAUUAAUUAUUGAAGAUUUCUAUUUACAGAAUGGUCACACUGGUACACAGCAAACGCUUGCAGAAUCGAGGCCGUAUUAUGGAUCGUGA